GAAAAUAUGGUGUUAGGUGCUAACGGUGUCCAUUUUACCCUACAGCAUGAACAACAGAUAAAUUGCACUAAAAUGAAGUUGCCAGUGUUAUUAGUCUUAUGCGCUAUAAUGCCUGCCGUGGUAAUAAGUUGCGAAAUGCCGCGAGAAAUACCGCCAGAGAUGAUAGGAAUCGAUCCAGCAAGAUGGGCUCGAUUAAGACAACAGCAAAUUCUUAAAGGCGGAUGCCGUAAGGCGGGUAUGAGCCAAUGCUCGAUGACGAUCACAGUUGCAGAGAGAUUAAACGGAACAUGCAUGAUACUAAACAGAGAACCUACAUGUGUACAAUAUACACCGAGUAUGAAUCGCAAAAUAACAAGUCACAUUUCUACCAAUCACCCACAAUGCAUAAACAUGACUGUGACGUCACAGAGAAAUUUACACAGGAAUCUGCAGCGCCACCAAGGGAGAAGUUUUAGCGAGUUAUAUACUAAUGCUGGCAGAAUCCCGAACGGCGAGGAGGGUCAUAUACGGAUACCGUGUUCGUUUGAACGGGACGUGGUACGUCAAAGACACGGCCAUUGCCGACUUUUAAGGGGUUACCGUUACGCUUGUGUGAGCUCCUAUCCUAACAGCUACACGGUUAUUGGACAUAGAGAAUGCAGGCAUAUUUUACGCCGCCCCUAGACGGCGUAAGAGAGAACGAUAUUGUAUAUAGUACUUGGUUGGGGUAAGAUGGUCAGUGUUCUUUUUUUUUACUGUCCCAUUUCGUGGAUUGUUUACAGAAUUAUGUAACUGUGUUCUUAAGAAAAUUCUUAAGAGGUAAAACGGCGCUGGUUAUAAAGGAAUAUAGGAUUAGAAAAUAUGGAACGUUUUGUGCUAAUGCACCUAAAGGUAUCCAUCUUACCCCUUACCAGCACUAUACAUAUUUAUAAACACCUAAUUUUAAAAAUGAAACAAUUUGGUUUAUGCUACACGGAAAUACCAUCUUAAAUACGAGUUAAUUCUCAAUUUUGAACAUUUUUUCCAAAAAAUACACUGCUGUACAUAUGUGUUGCUUUAAUAAGAAUCAAUUCCGAUUUUUGUUUAUACAAAUCUCUUUUAUUUCUGUUUGAAAUCAAGAAAUCAUUUAUCUCUUUGAGAAAAAACGAUGCGAUACAAAUGCUUCACGCGCUCCCUGUCACGAAUAAAAUUUACACAAGAACUGCUGGAACUUUUAAGUUUUUGGGCAACACUGAACAGUAGCAGUUAUAGUGUGUGCAGUGUUGCCCUUAUUGAAAAAUAAAAUGGAAACACUGGCCGGAACAAAAAUUAUUUACGACGAAUGGAACUGUAGGUGUUGUUUAUCGGGCAGUGCUGCCGAAUUGAAAAGCAAAAUUGGAAACACUGGCCGGAACGAGAAAUAUCUGGAACUUAAUUGAGAGCGAAAAAUUGCACGAUGGCUCAGUAACAAUCCGCUAGACAGCGCUACUGAGAUGCUGCUGCAUAUUAAAUCGUACCAAAGGUAAAAUGGGGGGAAAACGACGAUAAAUGAGACUAAGUCUAUAUACCUUGUAGGUUAUAAAGCACAUUUAACUUUUAGAAAGUAUAACAUAACGUUACGUGGCCAUUGUGAUACGACCACAAUUUUAAAUCUGAAAAAAACGGGAUCAUUCAUACGUUUCGGUUAAUAAAAAGCUAAAACUACGUUUUAGAAUACAUCUAGUGUUAGUACACAAUGUUAACUUUGGUUAAAAUCGUGGCUGCUUUAAAAUAAAAUCGUGGAAUUUAAAAUUAGCUGUUUUUUAAGGAAACUAUUAUUAAUGAGUGAAUUUUGUAAGAUUUUUUAAAAGGUUUUUGAAAACAAACUUAUUUCCUAAUGAAAUAAAA